AGCUCUCCCGAACACAAGAUGACUUUUCCUAUACUCUCACUAUCCUAGAAUUUCACGAUAGAAAGUACAGGGCGGCGAGUCGAUGACGUGUGAUCGUAUACCUUCUGCCUUAUGCCUACUGCCUGCAGGCUUCCAGAGUCCAGUGAGUUUCCAGUUUGCCACAGCUUGUCAAAGCCUGCUAGUCCACUGGCCUGCAAGUUGCCAGGGUUCAGAAUCGCCCAGAUACAAGGGUAUCAGCCACCCUUAAAAUUAUCCACGCUCGCGAAAGCGAUGCAAUUGCGCUUGAGCCCCGAAGAACAACAGGAAGAUUAUAAUCUCUCCGAAAUGCAAAUAUACACUGACUACCAGAAAAAGCAUCUAAUUUCAGGUCGGGAUCAGACUGAGAAUGGGGCCGAGCCGCUCCAGCGCCCCGGGCCAGCUAUAGACCAGCUAUAGACUGAGACACGGAGGGAAAUUGCGGUAGCUGUGGAAAGUGAGGAAUUGCGCCCGCCAGUGAGAGCUGGACUCUGGGGAAA